AUGGACGCUAAGGCCUUGGCGGUGGGGCCGAGAAAGAGAGUCGAAGAGUGCACAAAGAUGCUCACCGCGCUAGCAUGCAUGCAGCUAGUUGAACAAGGCUGCCUGGAGCUAGAUAAUGGGCUCUUCCUUGAGAGUCUCUACCUGUGGGCAAUUGACGAGUUUUCGGGAAGGUUCGAAGAUAUACAAACGCCGCUUCUAUUCCAACCAGGAGAAGGGUGGGAAUAUGGGGUCAGUCUUGACUGGGCAGGCUUAGCUGUGGAGCGCGUGACAGGGUUCAAGUUGAACGAAUACCUUAAGCAGCUUAUAUUCGAUCCUUUGGGGUUGGAAAAUAUGUCUAUGGUACCGGAUGCCGAGAUGCGUGGGGAGCUCGCACACAUGCACAGCAGAGAAAUUGAUGGUAAAUUGAAACCGAGGGACCACCUUCUUCGAGCUCCCCUGGUUCUAGAUCCAAAUGAUGAAGAUGAAGCGGGGAAGCUAUUCAAUAGUGGGGGUGCUGGGAUGUUUGCAAAGCCCCAAGAAUAUUGUAGAAUUCUAGCUGUGCUCCUCAAUGAUGGCACCUGUCCACGGACUGGAGCGCAGAUAUUGCGUGAAGAGACUGUACAAGAGAUGUUCCGCAACCAAAAUACCUCAGUUUCCAGACUUUGGGCGCCAGAGCAUGCCGGCUUCUAA